UAAACUGCAUGUUACGAGCAGUGCAUAAGUUUGUGUCUUUUACACCAGUUUUUUCCGGUCGCCUCCAGUUGCUAUGGUGACCGGUCGAUUUGUCUGGUCUCCAACGGCAGCUGCUUUAUUUUCUGCUGUCAUGCUGAUAUCGCGUACCACACUACUGGAGUGUGUGAGCAACGCAGGCGAGAGCGCAAAUCGACAUCGAGUUCCAAAUCCUGCAGAGUUUUCAAGCCUGAACUGUACCCUAAACUCUCGAGUUUCGUCGUUUCCUGUGAAAGCAUGUCCAGUUGCCAUCCUUCAUGUAUUACAACGUGUGCGGUUGCGUCCGCCGCUUUAUACCUGGAGACUACAGGAAAAUGACCUUAUAAGCAGACCGAGCGCUGGUCCUUCUGGAAACCGAGAGUUUCUCUCGCAGUGCUACGCCUUUUUGUUCCUCAUUUUGUAGGGAUCCCGUGAAGCCAGUUGGCUUUAUAUGAAAAUUUGUUUGCCUCAGCAUAGAAUCGGAAACGCUUUUUCUCGCAGAAAGUCAAUCUGUUUUGGUAGUCUUAGAUUCAAUUGUCCUGCAGGAUUAUCAAUGCCAGCAUGGUCUCUGUUGCUCACUGUCCUUCAUGAGAGGCGGCAGCAUCUUCGUCACAGUUCUCCUCAUAGUGUGGCCGGUUUGUCAGCGUAUGCCGACUUCAGGAGACGGGAUAAACAUUGUGGACUCUGGGAGUGGGGAUCAGUGGAUGUUGAGGUUUGAGGAUGCAGCGCGGCAUCCCUCCAACAACCCAGUGGAAGCGUCUCCGGAAAGAAAACUUUUGGCUGAUGAUUCUCCACCAAGUAUGGAGUUCGUGCUGGUACGAGGACCCCAGAAAAUAUCGAGGGUAAAGUGGAACACCGCUGUCAGCAGGGCGUUGUCGAGGCGAAAUCGUGUUCCGGUGAAAUCUUCUCGCUCUGCCAAGUCAAAAAACGACUUUCGACUGGGCUCGCUGAACAUGAUUAGUGCCUACGAAGAGCUUCUGUCUGAAUAUCAAGAGGAUCAGAAGGAAAAGAUGGAGCUGCAACUGUUACAAGGCUGGCAGCGAAAAAUGGUACAGCCCCGUCGGACCGUCAAAAGCUUUGCCGACCUCAUAAUUGUUCCGCCACCUCCUGAAGAAGGCAUCCUGUUGGGUGGAUACGUCCUCGAACCAGUGACAGAGGACGACUUAAAUAUGGCGGUGUAUCAGCCAAAGGCUUUCUACGAACUAGAAGAACCUGGGAACAAAGAAAGGAUGGAAUUACUUGCUGGCAAACAGCACAAGAUGCUCAAUUCACUCGAUGAUGAGGCACUGCACGCAUUGAACAAAGGCGCUGGGGUCCUCGGACAGCUCGUUGACCAGGUCACCGGCACAGCAGGUGGAAUGAGUGAAGCAGUUAAGAAAGUUGGUCAGGAAGCUCUCGCCGUUGCUGCAUCGCGUGCCCCUGAAGAGUCUGCUGGCUAUGUAAACCUGAGAACCGGCCUCCCCUGUAUCCCGUCGCCAGAUCAUAUCUACUGUGUGGCAACGCCGACCACAACGACCACAAAGGCUCCUCCAUCACUGGUUGAGCUCCUAAAGUACCGGAAAAAGAAAGAGGAGGAGGAGGAGAAGAGACGUAGGGUUGAGCUGGCAAUCCAUCUUGAACAGCAGAAGCGCCAGCACAAUCCGUAUGACCAGCCUGUGUACUUUGAAGCUGCUGAAAGCCAGCUGAUGAAGCCGACAGAUGUGUUCAAAAAGAAGAUGUUCGUGCACAGAGAGAAGGCAGGUAAGGAGGAGGAGCACCUGGCUAGUUUUUCAUCUAUGCAGGAGGCACAGACUGUCCUUAAAUUUGCCAAGCACGCCACCCAUAAACGUGAGGACGAACCCUCCUUCUCACGGGAUUCAGAAUCGGAGACUCCUUUACCUGCUAGCGCCUUGAACGCUGCAAGCAGACGCGCCCGCGGUUCCUCCAAAGCACUUCCUGAACAGCAGCAAACUGGUGUGAUACAAGAUGCGCGUCAUGCCAGCAGGCAUUAUGGGAAGGCCAUCGUUGAAGAGGUCAUAAGACCUCGUCAGCUGAAAGAUUUCAGUGUGAGAUCGGAUAAAGCGUGGCCUUUGUCGCCGAGAGAACCAACAAGAUUGCUCAAUACAAUUCUGAAUGCAGAACAAAUUUCCCUAGGAGAGGCGUUCUCGGUGGCUCCCAGCCGACAAGAUCGCGCGAGUAGACGGAAGAAAGCUGAUUCACGAUGGUCCACAAGACAGUCUGACAUAGUCAUAGAUCCGAUUCCCUCUCUUCGUGUCCUCAGAAAAAGCAAUCUGGCCACGCCUCUUCAUUUAUUUCGCAGUCGAUCAGCCGAACCUGUCACUUCCCACAGUUCCGACAAGCAGUCGGUCCAAAAAGUUGAAUCUCAAGGAGAUGGUGGUUCGUUUGCUGACGUCACAUCACUAGAGGAGACGCCAGCAAGGAAAACACGAAAAAGCGAUGGCAUACAACCAGGUUUUUCGUCCGUACCACUAACCGGUUCUAGUGAUGGAGACGCACAGGAAAACCUGCCUGGAACCGCACCUGCAGACGAGCACAAUAAGGGCGGUAGUGUCAUUGUAGAAGGUGCGCGACGGUUCCAGUCGCACAUUCAGUCAGCAACAUUAACUCCUCAACAGCUCGCAAAAUACACAAGGGGCAACAAGCCGUCAAGCCUGGCAUCCAACGAGGACCUUAUCAAGACAGAGAAGGAGCGCGCAAAGAGGGAAAGGCAAGAACAGCGUCUCUCUCGACUUACUGACAAUUUUACGGCUAUGAGCUACGCGGAAGAGCUCCACAACGCCGCGCUUGCGACUGGGGACCCACUGCCCUCAGAUGCAGUAGUUGGUCCUUUUCUCCGAGUCUCUUCACUGCCGCCCAUCUUGAGAGAGAAGGUUGAGCGAACUCAGCAGCACAAGGAGAGAAGGCGCGAAGAAAAAGAUGCUCGACAGGAAAGGAAAAGGGAAGAGUGGCAAGCAACCAAGAACAACGCUCGUCUCCAGCAGCUAGAGAACAACCUCUCAGAUCGGACAUUAGCUUUCAUCACGGGCUAUCUGAACAGCGAUACUCCAAGCUCGAUUAACAAAGCCUCCGAAUGUGGUUCUAAAGUAAAGUGUACAAGAGGCUCUCCUGCUGCUAAAGAUCAAUCUCUAAAGCCAUUUGACGUGACGAUCGAUACGAACAAGUCCACUGAAGACACUUUGAGACAGGCGUCGCCUCGGGUGGAAGGUUUUUCUGAAGUCGCCAACCAGCGGUCAGGUAUAAACACGCAUUCCGUAGAAGAGGAAAGCAACGCCGGAAAGAGAAGUACACACACAGAAAGUUCAUGGUCGCCUCUGACCAAGACAGACCAGAGUAUACUUCUUGACGAACUGCACUUGGCUCGCGUGGUAUGGCUCGACGGCGAAGACAAUGAGAACCCGUUUCAGAUACACCCCCGGGUAUCCAGGAUAUCCAGGAACAUCGACACAAGCUUCUUUUAGGAGUCUUGUGAUCGAAGGGGGAACAGUCUCGCACAACAUGUCAAUGACG